AUAUCCCUGUGAGAAGGGUUAGGCUGAGGCUCGCAUUCCUGCCAGUGAGAGCGGCGAGCCCGGCGCAGAGGAUGAGGGGGAGCGGGCGCUGAGAGUCGGGGUGCGGGGAGGGAACCCCGGGGAGUUCGGGGGACACAAGGAAGCGGCUCCUCCCAGACAUGGCCCUCCAUAAUAUGGACGAGGAGGAAUUUCACAGGCUGGUCAUGCAGUCCGGAUCCGACUGGCUGCGGACUGAGAUUAAGAGGCUCUUCCAGGAGCUGAGCGAGACCACCCGGGAGAAGAUCCAGGCGGCCGAGUACGGGCUGGUGGUGCUGGACGAGAAGCAGCAACUCAAGCAGCAAUACGAUGAGCUGGAGCUGGAGUAUGAGACCGUCCGGGGGGAGCUGGAGCAGGUCAAGGAGGCAUUUGGGCAAGUCCAUAGUAACCAUAAGAAGGUGGCAGCGGAUGGGGAGAGUCGAGAGGAAACGCUGAUACAGGAAUCUGCAACCAAGGAAGAAUAUUACAUGAAGAAGGUCCUGGAACUGCAGACGGAGCUGAAACAAUCCCGAAAUGUUGUUGCCAAUACGCUGUCUGAAAACGAGCGCCUCAAUUCACUGGCUCAAGAGCUGAAGGAGCUGAAUCAGAAUGUGGAAGUGCAGCGGGGUCGCCUUCGCGAUGACAUCAAGGAGUACAAGUUCCGUGAAGCGCGCUUGCUCCAGGAUUACACCGAGCUGGAGGAGGAGAAUAUAUCCCUGCAGAAGCAAGUCUCUGUUCUCAAGCAAAACCAAGUGGAAUUUGAAGGUCUUAAACAUGAGAUCAAAAGAUUGGAGGAGGAGACCGAAUUCUUGAACAGCCAACUGGAAGAUGCCAUCCGGUUAAAAGAGAUAUCGGAGAGACAGUUGGAGGAAUCUCUAGAGACUUUGAAGACAGAGCGUGAACAGAAGAACAACCUGCGGAAGGAGCUGUCCCAUUACAUGAACAUCAAUGACUCCAUGUACAGCAACCAUCUGAGCUUCUCCCUGGAUGGACUCAAGUUCAGCGAUGAGAUUACAGAGCCGAACAAUGAUGAUUCCAUGAAUGGUUUUGAGCAUAAUGGGAUCAUCAAAAUGAAUGCUGACAACAAGAUGUCCACCCCCAAAAAGAAUGACCCGUCUCCAAGCCUGGUUUCUGAUCUGCUAAGUGAGCUAAACAUCUCUGAAAUCCAGAAAUUAAAGCAGCAGCUGAUGCAGGUCGAAAGAGAGAAGGUUGGUCUUUUGUCGACUCUUCAGGAGUCUCAGAAACAGUUAGAGAACACCAAAGGAGCCCUGUCUGAGCAAAGUGACAAAGUUAGCAGGCUUACUGAAAACCUAAAUGCCAUGAAGAAGCUCCAUGCCACCAAGGAGCGUCAGUCUGCCCUGGACAAUGAGAAAGACAGGGACAGCCAUGAAGACGGGGACUACUAUGAGGUUGACAUUAAUGGCCCUGAGAUUCUGGAAUGCAAAUACAAACUUGCUAUGGCAGAAAUCCAUGACCUCAAGGAGGAACUGAAGACUGUAAAGUCCAAGUACGAAGAAUGUGAGCUUAAGUACGAAGAGGAUAAGAACAGGUUUGAAAGUGAAACUCAGUCUAUGGCAGAAAAGAUCUCCUAUCUAGAAAUGACCACACGGCAAGAUCGAGACCAAGUUGUCAGACUGGAGAAAGAACUCAAGAAAGUGAGUGACGUGGCAGGAGAAUCGCAAGGAAGUCUCACAGUGGCACAGGAUGAGCUUGUCACAUUUAGUGAAGAAUUGGCCAACUUGUACCACCAUGUCUGUAUGUGCAACAACGUGACACCCAACAGGGUCAUGCUGGAUUACUACAAGGAGGGAAAAGGUGGCAGAACCAGUCCUGAGGGUAAAGGGCGCAGGUCACCAAUAUUGCUUUCCAAGGGUCUAUUGACCACAGAAAAUGGCCAAAGCGAGUGCGGAUCUCCAGUAUCUCCAGUUCCAUCGCCUGUUUCCGACCACAGAAAGGAACCCAUGAACAUUUACAACCUCAUAGCCAUAAUCCGUGAUCAGAUCAAACAUUUACAAGCUGCAGUGGACAGGAGCACAGAGUUGUCUCGGCAGCAGGUGGCCAGCCAGGAGCUUGGACCAGCGGUGGACAAAGACAAAGAAGCCCUCAUGCAUGACAUCUUGAAGCUGAAGUCUUUGCUCAGCACAAAGAGAGAGCAAAUUGCUACCCUGCGCACCGUAUUGAAAGCCAACAAACAAACCGCAGAAGUCGCUCUUGCCAACUUGAAAAGCAAAUACGAGAACGAAAAAGCUAUGGUGACCGAAACCAUGAUGAAACUCCGCAACGAGUUGAAGGCCCUCAAGGAGGACGCUGCUACAUUCUCCUCUCUCCGAGCCAUGUUUGCCACAAGAUGCGAUGAGUACGUCACACAACUUGAUGAAAUGCAGAGGCAACUGGCAGCGGCAGAAGACGAGAAGAAGACUUUGAACUCACUGCUUCGUAUGGCCAUCCAGCAGAAGCUGGCAUUGACUCAGCGCUUGGAGCACCUGGAGCUUGACCGCGAGCAGAUCAAGCGCGUGAGCACUAAAUCUACGUCCAAAAACAAAACCAGUAACCCCAGUGUAAGUCACGUCCGCUCUUGCGCGGACAAGUCUGAGGGGUCCGUCCUUAACAACCAAGUGUUUUGCAGUGAAAAGUAUAAGAUCUGUUGUGACUAGGAGGCAUGACUUUUGUAUUUUCCCCUGCUUGGAUAGUCCGCAUGAAGUCGCUACAGUACUGCAGCCACUUAACACGUGUUGGUUCGUUGUUGGCCUGUGUAUGCAAAUGGCAUUAUUAAGCUGAGCUUGAUUAUAACUAACACUUGUAUGGGGCUCUUGCAGCAAGUUAACAUGGGAAGGAGUCAGAGGAACACUUCCGAGGUUAACCUGUGAGGCAUGUGUUUGCUUUGUGGGAACGUAUACUAAACUGAAGCCAUAAUCACUGCUCCGGUAAGAGCGAGCGCCUGUAUAUCCACCUAUAAUCUAGAAAACUGAAAUUGGAAAGUUGGGAUCUAGGGAAAAAUUGAAUUAUGAUGGAUUCAUGACACAGGUGGGCUUUAAAUUAAUAAAUGGAAUUCAGAUUUGGCAUCUAAAAGCACAGGGACUCGUGUAUCAAUGUCUGAAAGAAGACCCGCCGCAGCUACCCAAAAGGGGCAGCGACUUCGUUCAGCCAAUCAUAUGCACUAGGCCCACUGUAUGUGCAAACCGAUAUCUGUAGUAUUGGGAGUACCAGUGAUUUACAGCUUCAGUGAAGUGUCAGUUCUCUGAUCUUUGGCUUUACCAGGUCUGUAACGGCUGGUAGCCUGUUGUAUCGCAUGCGUCGAUCUUUGUAUCUUGCAUAGCACAAAUAAUAGGCCUCUGCUUAAGGUGAUAGCAAUGUUCAUGUAUAUUUAGAAGUCCAGAAUAGCUGUUAAGUAUAAAGGCCUUGUAAAGGAUUUUGGGAUAUUUGAUAUGAAAUAGGAGAUCUUUCAGUUUUUUUCAUCGCUUGCAAUCGCUUUACAUUCAGCUUCGUUCUCUCACAAGCAAAUGGUAUUGGCCACAUUACAAGCUAUGCUAUUCAACAUUCAAUAACCCUGUCACACAGACUGAAUAGGGUUCAGGUUUAAGCAGUUCAAAAUGACAACAGCCAAUCAGAAUUGACCAUUUUACUGAUCUGAAACCUGCUUGAUAUGGGGUUACUGCCCAUUGGAUGCCAUCAUGGCUCCCUGCACCGUCUGUCCGAAUCCAGAUUAUGGUUAACUUUGAAAAUAUUCCUAACACAAGUAUUAAGAAACUGUCACUAUCAAAAUAUUAACCUGGGCUUCAGAAAUACUUGAUUCUACUCCUGGAAGUGGAGAAGAGACCAAAAACCUGAAUAUUGCUGUAGAAAUGGACACCUUGGUGGUAUCAUCGGCAUCUGGAAGUGUCCAACCUUUUUCUACAUGGCAAGCUAAUAUUAAGCAUUCAUGGCAAAGUUCAAAAGCCAGUUACUUCUGCAUAUUACUAUUAAUAUUAUUAUAUUCUAUAUUAUCAUAGAAUACAGUUGAGUUUGUUUUAAUAAACAGGCUUUACAUAUGCAAGCACACAGUGUAACAGGGCUCUACAGUAGAGAAAUGCUGCCCCCUAGGGGUCAUCACAUAAAUUGACAUUUGUGAUGUGCGAAUUGGAACUGUACAUUUGUCAAACUUCAGUUCUAUUAAAGCAAAAGAAAAAAAAGUAUUUUGUUUUAGAAAUUGUGCCAGUACAAAAGGAAGGCUAAUAUUAGCUGAUGGGAGGUAUUAAAGGCACAAUGAGGUGUCAAAAAAAAUAAUAAUAAUUAAAGUGCCUGCUUCAAAUACUAUUGUAUAGCCCUGUUCAUCCUGUAAUUUUCAUAGUCAUUUUGUACAGGGAAGGUCAUGUAAAAAUGGCUUCUGCUCCUCCUCUUUGUGUCUAUAACACUUUGUCUGCCUGCUGUUUUCUAUAUCCAGUGACCCUGGCAAUGCUUCAUUCCCUAUCACUGCCAUUCCUUAUAGAUAAUCAGCACCCUGCUUCCUGUGUCCAGGACCUCUGCCACUAAGUAGUCAGGACAAGCCCUCAUUGUUACUGGAAGGUAAUUGUGAGCUCGCGGCCUGCUGUCUGAGUGGAAGACGUGCAUGCUAACAGGAUUGCAGUUUUGCCCACUAACGUCACUCGGCUUCUGAAACGCGUGUGGGGCAAGUCACAGAGCACUUUGCAAACAUGUAUAUUGUUUUUUUUUAUUUUUAUACCAUUCAAUGCAGCAACGCUAAAUCUGCAAUUUUUUGUUUUAGCCAGCAAGUUCACAAAAGAAAAACUCAAUUUUGGGGGGAAAAAAAUCUGUAAAAUUUAAUUUGCACAAUAGGGCUUAAAAACACAUUUCUGAGAGUUUUUUUAUUUUUCACAGUUUUUUUUUUUUUUUAUAGUAACACUUGAGGGCUUUUUUUUUUAUACUAAGAGCUUUCCUUUUUUAAAUAUGGUUGCAUUCUGCAAACAUAAUAUAUUCAGCACAAGCAGAUCUGCUCUUCUUUUUUUUUUUUGGUGAUGGUUAAGUACAAUGCAGAUUCUAGGUCCUAAGGGUUUUAAUAUGUUUCUGUUGUAAUUGGAUGCCUACGGCACUUCAGAGCGAGAGAUGAUAUCAAGUACCAUAUUUACAAGGAAAUAAAUCUGUCUUUUUUUUUUUUUUUUUUUUUUAUAUUUGCAUUCCGAGUUGUUCUUUACAAAGAAAGGAACUGGUAGUCUCUUAAUUUUUACCUAAGCAAAACCAUGCAAAGUCCUGAUUAUUUUUUAAAAAAAUCCACUUUUUUUAACUAAGGUUUUUGUUUUUUAUUAGGGGUAAAUCUCAUUGUAAUGAGCUUUUCUUAACCAGUAGACAUACUAAUAUUGAUCUAAUUAUUCCAGCACUGUGAAAACAAAUCCUCUUUUAACAAUUAUGGAUUUCUUGUAUUUUUUAAUAUAGAAAUGUUUUUGUUUUUUAAUAAUUAUUUUAAUGAAUAACUUGGACAAGGCAUCCUUUCUAUCCUGUUCUCCCCGCGUGGAUUAAAGCUUUUACACUUGUAAAGCUUCGCUGCCUGUUGCAGUUAAUUUCUUCUGUGGGCACCUUAUGCCCAUGCUGGCAAUCACCCUGCAUGACCACUGCAUGGAGAUCUAUAGCUUCCCUUUUACGACGCUUACAGUUUAGCUUAAAAUGCCAUAGUAGAUGACUUUUUAUAUAAAUGAAAGAAGUCUGCUACCUACAGGUAACCCACCAUUUGAGAGCUUUUCCUCUAAGCCUGACAACUAACAAGCGCCCGGUCUUGGCUCUUUUCAGACUAACGCACUCCGCACAGCUCCUUUCAUUGAGUCACCAUUUUAUAAUGCUACGUAUCUAACAUUUAUUUUAUGUUUUUCCAGUUGUAGAUUAGAUCCCUGGAGAAGAACGUGCGGACCGAUGCAUUGGAAUGCAUGUAAUUCCAGUCCAACCUUACUCUUGACAGUUAGAGCCAAUGGCACAAAAAAUAAAAAGACAAGAAACUACUGCACUCUCCUUUUAUAAUAAGUUUUACAGUAAGCUGUCCUUCCCAUUAUUUAACUUUUUAUUUUUCUUGGUAUUCUCUCAGUAAAUUAAAAGCUUUACCAUGAAGUGCUGCUGGGGAAAAAAAAAAAGCUCAAGUGCUGAACAAACACUACGAUCCGCUCUCUCUGUGCUCGUAUCAGUCACGUGGGAUUUUUUCCUUUUUAAUUGUUAUUUUACAUCAGAUUAUUAAACCUGUGCACUUUUUAUACUUUAAUAAUUUUUGUUUCUUUAUAUUUGACAUAGUUCUAUAACAGAACAUGUCGUUGUUCCAGUAAUAGCUGCGACAUGUAUUUUUUUUUUUUUUUUUUUUUGGGUAGUAUUAACACUUGUGCUUGUUGAUUUCCAUAUCAGCAUGGUGCAGGUAAUUUAACUUUUUAUUUUUGGUGUUUUUUUUGUUUUUUUGUUUUAAACACUCCUUGUUGUUAAUAUAUAUAAAUAUAAUUAUAUAUGUUCUGUCUUAUUAGCUUUUUCACUAUUAUUUUGUUUGUGUCAUAAUUACUGGUUUUAACUGCCAUGUUCAUUACAAAAAAAAAGAAAUCCAGGGUCUGAAAAUUCUGGGAUUUUCAUACUAUAUUAUUAUUCUUAGGAAUAGCUUAAUGUAACAAGGAAAAAACUUGACUUCUUUGGUUAAAACAGUAAUAGGCACUUGAAAAGAAAAAAAAAGUUUAAUAAGUAGUAUUACCUAAAAUGUCAGAUUAUCCUGGUUUUUAGGACAUUCAAGAAUUGCUGAUGAACAGAAUUUUCUACAACUGUACCGAUUUUUAAAUUCCAAAUUGGAAUUGUUUGUUUUUUGCUUUCUUUAUUAUAGUGCCAAAUUAUGGUACACCUAGAAAGUUUAAAUUCUCAACUCGAAUUACCAAGUGUUUGUAAGCCUUUGUUAUGGAUACCAGUAGUGCCUUUUAUAUUACAGAAGAGGGAAUCUUAGACUAGCUUUGACAGGGCAAAGAUUUAAAAAAAAAAAAAUGGUUCUGAAAUCUAUUGAAAGCAUACAGAGCAAUAAGUGCAAAUGAAACCUUUAAAAAUAAAACGCCAUCUUGCAUAUUUUUAGGAAAUUCAAGUACUCUAUAAUUACGGGAAAAUUAAAAAUUGUAAAAAAUUCCGUUGGUCAGUGAUUCUUUUUUUUCAGCGCCGAUCCUUGCUAAUGCAGGGAUUAAGAAAAAUAAAGGUUGAAAACCAAAACUAAUAGCUUUGAUUUUUGUUUAAUUAUGAUUAACGCAAGAUGUAUUACUUAUACAUUUGUGGUGGCUGUCCACCAAAUGGUGGGGUAUGCGGACUCUGUCUUCUUUCCACAGUGGUGGAUGCGGCCUUGAUAUUCUUUGGCUGUCAAAUGUGAUGAACAACACAUUGAUCUUUGCUCUUUGCAUGUCCUAUGUAAGCUCUGUUGUUUGCAGGAAACAGAAACUGAUCGCGCAUCAACAAGCCCUGCCUGGAGCAUAGGCAGCAGUUUGUUGAGGCCAAAGCAAUUGUUUUAAAUUGGUACUCGCUACAAGAAUGUCAUUUUUGUAAGAUGACGGCUCUAGUAACGUGAAAUUCUAAUUGCAUAAUAAGGGGGAAAAAAAAGAUUUCUGUUUGCUGGAAAAACAGUAUAAAUUCUAGUUGUUGGGAUUUUAUAUUCUCAUCUUUUACAGUAUUGAUCCUUUUAAAAUAUUGUUACGGCAAAUAAUUUCAUCUGUAAGUGGGUAUUUAUUUGAACUGAUUUCAUAAAGUACUGUAUUAUUAUUAUUAUUGUUAUUAUUAUGUUUAUGUGCAUUACGUUUUAGUGCAAAGUGUUCUUCAGUUACAUGUUAUAUGCACGUACUCUUGCCAAGUAACCUUUACACAGAUCAGACAGCAGAAGUGGUCGCCAUCCACAAGAUUGGUGCUUCUUAUAACGGUUUGUCUAGUGAAUGAAAAGUGUUAAAGAUAUUAAUACAAGGCUGUGUGUAGCAAGUUGCCUGUGUAAGGGUAGUCACAUGUAUCAAUAAAGGUGAUAAAGGAA